AUGUCUAUUGUUCAUAAUAAUAAAACUAUUGAUGAUGUGCAUAGAAUGUAUUAUUUGAAGACCAGGCUACAAGGUCAAGCAGCGGAAGUCAUUUCAACCUUAUCGUUAACUGCUCUAAACUAUAAGGAAGCAUGGUCGCUACUCGUUAAUCGAUAUGAUAAUAAGCGUCUCAUAGUACAAAAACAUUUGCACCACUUAUUAUCACAACCUGUCAUAAAUGGCAAAUCAGUAAACGCUUUAAGAAGCCUAUUAGACAUUACCAGUAAACAUUUAUCAGCUCUUAAGGUACUAGAACUUCCAGUGAAACAUUGGGAUGCAAUAUUAGUGUAUAUUGUAUCUAACAGAUUACCAAGUAACAUAAUGCAAACCUGGGAAAUAGACAGUUGUAGGUCAACUGAUUUGCCAUCAUGA